AUGCCAUUCCAUGCCAUCCCACCCCAUCCCGUGCCCUACCGCCCCGCAGAGCACACGUACGGCGAGGUGAACCAGCUGGGCGGCGUGUUCGUGAACGGGCGCCCGCUGCCCAACGCCAUCCGCCUGCGCAUCGUGGAGCUGGCGCAGCUCGGCAUCCGGCCCUGCGACAUCAGCCGCCAGCUCCGCGUGUCGCACGGCUGCGUCAGCAAGAUCCUGGCCCGCUACCACGAGACGGGCUCCAUCCUGCCCGGGGCCAUCGGCGGCAGCAAGCCGCGGGUCACCACGCCGGCCGUGGUCAAGCACAUCCGCGACUACAAGCAGGGCGACCCCGGCAUCUUCGCCUGGGAGAUCCGCGACCGCCUGCUGGCCGACGGCGUGUGCGACAAGUACAACGUGCCCUCGGUCAGCUCCAUCAGCCGCAUCCUGCGCAACAAGAUCGGCCCGCUGGCUCCCGCCGGGCCGCCCCCAGCCGCGCUGCCCUGCGCCCACAUCUACCAGUACCCGUACCCCGGGCCCGCCGCCCCGCCGCCCGCCAAGGCCGGGGGACACCCCGGGGGACACCUCGGGCCCCCCGCCGUGGCGCUGCCCCGCUCGUGGCCUUCGGCGCACUCGGUCACCAACAUCCUGGGCAUCCGCACCUUCGUGGAGCAAGCGGGGGCUCUGGCUGGCACCGAGGGGACCGCGUAUCCCCCAAAAAUGGAGGAGUGGCCCAACGUGAACAGGAGCGCCUUCCCCGGGCCGGGCCAGGCGGUCAACGGGCUGGACAAAGCUGCCAUGGACGGCGACAUCAAAUACCCUCAGCCCGGCGCGGGGCUCUCCUCCAUGGGCACCUUCCUGCCGGCGUGCGCCUACCCCCCCUCCACCCAGCCCGGCGUCUACGGCGGCUCCCCCGGCGCCUACAUCCCCCCGGGACCCCCCUGGCAGCCGCAGGGGACCCCCCUGGGCCACCACGGCCACGGCGUGACCGUCCACGGCGGCGACCUGGCCAUGGCCUUCAAGCAGCCCGGCAGGGAAGGGGUGGACAGAAAACCCCCCAGCCCCGUGGGAAAAGCUCCGCAGCCUCUGAGCGCCAUCCAUGGAAUUUCCAUCCCGACCUCCUCGUCCUAGAGCCGCGGAGCAGCUGGCCAGGAAAAGCUUGGGAUCUUGGAAUCAGCACCUGCAGCCCGGGACUGAAGCCCAGAGUGGGGACAAGGGGACAGCCUGAGMGGUGACAGGUGACUUUCUGCCAUGGCAAAUCCCCGGCAGGACAUUCCCGGAGGGACACUUUGCCUCCGUCGAUCAGAAAGGGAUAACA